CCAUCUCUAUCUCUUGGAAGCUAAAUAUUGACCGCGAACCCAAAGCUUCUUUUCCAUUUCGGUUUUUUGCCGCUCUGUUUUUUCUCUUUCAGGUUUUCCCGGACAAAACCCUAGCCCUAACUAAUCCGCCUCUCGUCGUAUUCCGAUCUGAUUCUACUUUCCACACGCCUGAAAUCUGUUUCCGACCGGUUAGAUCUCAGAUCCGCUGUUCUUAAGAAUUUAAUUGGUGACUAUCUUGCUCGUGGUUUGGAUUUCAUCACUCAUUUCCUUUGAUUCUUGACUUGUUCUCAUCGGAUUUUUCAUUUUUAGGUUUCGAGAAAGGUGUUGAGGAUUUUGGAUUUUCAUUUCCACUCUGUUUGGGCUUUUUGGAUGCUGUCGAUUGGGUUUGCGGGAUUGUUAGCUACUGGCUUUGCAGAUUUGGAGGAAUAUAUAUUGGAUGGGAGAAGAAGCAGCUGGUUUGGCUGCAGUGACAAAUGAGACGCUGGGGAAAGAGAACGCUUCGAGUACUGAAUUGAAGCGAGACCAUCAGUGUCUUGAUGAAGAUACGGAACCUGAGUCUUUGCAUAACAAGAAGCAAGCUAAGGAAGUGUCGAAUGAAGACGUUCGCUCAGAAGUAUCGAAUCCUGUAGUUUCUCCGAAAGAGAAUCAUUUCCAUGAUAUUACUAGCCAGCCUGAGGAGGUAGAAAACACUACCCAAGUUGAGCGUGGGGAGCUUACAUCGGCUUGUUCGGGGAAUUCAAGCUCGGAGGAUAUCUCGAGCGGUGGAGUUCGUUGCCAGAAUGACAUGUCUCAAAACGACGUUGAUAUGUGUGAUGUCAAUGAGGUUUCUCGGGUUGUGAUUGAAAUUCCCAAGCAUGCUAGUUCAACUGGAAUUAGGAAAAUUACGUUCAAGUUCAGCAAAAAAAAGGGUAACAAUGGCGCAUCCGUUUCAGCAGACAAAGUCCAUUCUUAUGGAAACUCUGACAGGGACGGUAAACCAGAACCUUCAUUGUUGGAUGAUGCUUGUACGGAAACGUCUGCACAUAGCUGUGAAGGUUCUGCUGAGAGCAGCAGGUAUUCUUUAGGCCCAAAUAAAAUGGAAUUGAAAAUGUCGAAGAAGGUUUUACCCAACAAUUAUCCGUCGAAUGUUAAAAAGCUGCUGUCGACUGGUAUACUUGACGGAGCUAGAGUCAAAUAUGUAUCUACGACAAGCGAGAUGAAGCUACAAGGUAUUAUAAAUGGCGGAGGUUACAUGUGCGGAUGUUCAACGUGCAAUUUUACAGCUAUCCUUAGUGCUUAUGAGUUCGAGCAGCAUGCUGGUUUCAAGACUAGACAUCCAAAUAAUCAUAUAUACUUGGAAAAUGGAAGGCCAAUUUAUAGUGUCAUACAGGAAAUUAAGAGUGCACCUCUUAGCAUAUUAGAUGAAGUGAUUAUGGAAGUAGCGGGUUCGUCUGUUAACAUGAAUUCAUUUGAGGCUUGGAAAGCAAGUUUCCACCAGGACAGUGCAAAUAUUGUAGUGGAAAAUCAUGAUGUGAAGCUUCCUAAACUGUCACAUCCCGUUGAGAGACCAAACCCUAAUUUUUCCAAUGCCGUCUUGCAACACAAGAAAACGGCAGAAAAAGGCACAAAAAGAAGGGAUAAUGAUCUUCACAGAUUACUUUUCAUGCCAAAUGGCCUUCCAGAUGGGGCUGAGCUAGCAUACUUUGUGAAAGGACAGAGAAUACUCGGAGGCUUCAAGCAAGGAAAUGGUAUUCUCUGUAGUCACUGUAAUCGAGAGAUUAGCCCCUCCCAGUUUGAAGCCCAUGCAGGGAUGGCUGCCAGACGUCAACCGUACCGCCACAUUUAUACUACAAAUGGACUUACACUUCACGAUAUUGCAAUUUCCUUGGCUAGUGGGCAAAAACUUACCACAGGAGACAGUGAUGAUAUGUGUGCUGCAUGUGGUAAUGGAGGGGAUUUGAUUUUCUGUGAUCGCUGCCCUCGAGCUUACCAUACAGGCUGCCUGCAUCUACAGAAUGUUCCUGAAGGAGUUUGGUCUUGCCCAAACUGUAGAGAUAAAGUAGGUUCCAAUUCGAAGGCUAUUUCUGGAGGUUCUUUGAGUUUUUCAAAGCCAAUUGUUUUUAGGUUGACACGAGUUGUUAAAGCACCAGAGUAUGAAAUUGGUGGUUGUGUUGUUUGCAGGCGACAUGAUUUCAGUGCUGCUAAGUUUGAUGAUCGAACUGUACUGCUCUGCGAUCAAUGUGAGAGAGAAUUCCAUGUAGGUUGUCUGCGGGAUAGUGGAUUAUGUGAUCUGAAGGAACUCCCCAAGGAUAAGUGGUUCUGCUGUGACGAGUGCAGUAACAUCCAUGUGGCCCUUCAGAAUACAGUUUUGAAUGGGGCACAAAUCAUUCCAGAUUCAUUAUCAGAUUUGAUAAUCAGAAAGCAUGUUGGAAAAGGAUUAUUAGUUGAUGAAGCUCUUAAUGAUGUUCGGUGGCAAAUUUUAAGUGGAAAAAGUCGCUUUCCAGAAGACCUUCCAUUUCUUUCAAGGGCAACUGCUAUUUUUCGAGAAUGUUUUGAUCCUAUUGUUGCAAAAUCAGGUCGUGAUCUGAUACCUGUUAUGGUUUAUGGGAGAAAUAUAUCUGGACAAGAGUUCGGAGGAAUGUAUUGUGUUGUUUUAAUUGUGAGGUCAAUAGUUGUAUCGGCUGGUCUUCUUAGGAUCUUUGGUCGUGAAGUUGCUGAACUUCCUAUUGUUGCCACAAGUAGAGAACAUCAGGGCAAGGGUUACUUCCAAGUAUUGUUUUCCUGUAUAGAGCGGCUACUUUCUUCCCUAAAUGUGCAAAACCUUGUUCUCCCUGCAGCCGAGGAUGCCGAAUCAAUUUGGACCAAGAAAUUGGGCUUCAGAAAGAUGAGCGAAGAACAGUUGAUUAAGUAUAUGAGGGAGGUCCAGCUGACUAUCUUCAAUGGAACAUCAAUGCUAGAGAAGGUGGUGGAGCAAUCAACGUUAUAACGCAUCAUGAUUGAUGCGCAAGUCUCUAUAUGAAACAAGUCCAAGUUAGAUUCUUGUUGAAAGGAAGGAAGGAAGGAAAGGUUUUAGGUGAAAGUUGGAAUCACAUAUAUAUAUCUAUAUAUAUUUUUAAUUUCAUUCUUUUCCCCCUUUUAAUAUCCUCCAUAGAAAAUAGUUGUGAUGUAUAAUUGCUGCGAGUUCUGGUUUCUGACUGGCAGCCAGAGGAAACAAUCUCAUCUCCUGGGAAGGUUGUUCUGUUUGUACAAACUAGAAAUUAGAUAGUCAACUAAUUGGAGGGGUGCGAGUGAAAAAGGAAAAAGAAAAAAGAAAAAAAACAGUGCAUGCUGACCUUUUAUUAUGCAUGCUGGAGAAAUCUCACUUUGUUUUUGACUUUGAUUGAUAAUAUUUGAUGUAGUUGUUCCAAAAGUGUAAAAAAGAAGAAUAAUAGAAAGAAAGCCUAAAAAUGUGCCAGAUUCAGUUUGUGUUGCUGUUGCAGACAUAGGCCCCAACCUUGGGAAGAAGGGAAGGCUGUGUUUUCCUUUACUCUUGCUUGUUGCCACUUUCAACUUUCAACUUCCAACUUCCAACAAUCUCUCCAUCUCUCUAUCUGUAUGCAUCCUUCUAAUCUCUAUCCUCUUUUUUCUUUUUCCAAAAUUUUCACAACUACUGAUCAUCUUUCUGUA